CUCUGGGAUGAUUUUGGUGGCCAUUGGACGGCCGAUGUCCUGGAGUAUGCAGCCUCUCUGAACGUCAUCUUGCUGAAAGUGCCACCGAAGUACACAUACGUCUGCCGGUUGGCAGACGUAUUCUGGAACAAACCGUUUAAAACGGCUUUGCGAAAGCGUUGGGUCGACAGACUUCGAAACGAACUCUAUCAAGAGGAGCCGUUUAAAGUCACGGCUCCCAACCGAGUGGACAUCACACAGUGGGUUGUGUCGUGCUGGAAUGACCUGACUACCGAAACGAUCAUCGGUGGCUUCGCCCGAGUUGGCAUC